AUGGCGGAGCGUGGGCAGCUGCUCCGGCUCACGACUUUGCCUCCCAGGCUGCUGCAGGAGCACCGGAACUGCGGGCGGUGGCACCUGGAGACCCUGCCUUCCAAGAGUUUCAUGAAACCCAAGAGACUGAGGUUCCAGGGACCUGUGAACAGCCGGCGCUGGGUGUUUGUGAGAGAGGGACUGGAUGACUUCAGGAAAGGCUGUCCCCCACACCAGCACCCCAAAGAUGUCUUCCUGCCUCAUGUUCAUCACAGAAUUCCCCAAGCUACCCCCAAGAAGAGGCAGAAUGGACUACUCGAGGGGGCCGCCCUGUUAUCCAAGCUUCCACAGGCGAGGAAGGCAUUCCUAAAGGAUGUGGAAGAUAACAUGGCCUUGCACCUCCUGGCUCUCUACCCACAUCUGGAAGAAGCUUUGCCCCCUGAGCUCUUAUUCCAGGUGCUGGAGGUACUCGACCCUGAGGGAAACUUGGAGGAGACGUGGGCUUAUUGUCGGGAUACCAGAAAAUUAAUGAAGGGACCCACAGAGCUUGAAGAAAAAUGUUCUUCUCAGGUGUGCCUUCCCAAGAAGAUGCCCGUGUCACAUUCAGGCCAGUGGCUUUGUGAAGAAAAGCCAAGCGAAGUGAUUUCUCUCUAUCAAGACAGUCUCCUUCAUGACAACGUGUGCAGAGGGGUCCGAGACUUCUGUGACUGGGCCAAAGCUCUUGGAAGUUCGCCUGUGGAGGAGGAGUUCAUCCUGCAGCAGUUUGACCUUGACUAUCACACCAGACGCAGCUGUGCUGUGCUUCCUGCCAUGAGAGCUGAAAAGCUCCGUGUGAACCUUCUGCAGGACAAACCCUUCAUCGAUGGUCGAUCUUCCCUGAGAGAACAUGGUGGGUGCUGGAAUAAACCCCGGCCUUCUGGAAGAGCGAAUCCUCACAAACCAAAGAGGGUGAAGAUGAGGUAUGGAGCCUGGUAUCUGAAGACCAACUUGUGGAAGAAGCAAAGAGCCGAUGAACCUUUGGUUGAUCCCAAGAUUUCACACAAAGCUCAGGAUGCUAACUUUGAAAAGCAUCUUCGGGAGCAGGCGGAGCUGCUUGCAGGCCUACACGGAACUGUGGCCUUUAAAGACUUCAUUCUAAGCAGGGGUUACAGGAUGCCCAGGUUCCUUGAGAAGAUAUAUGCUGUCGAGAAAGGUAGAGCUGAAAAUAUUGAGACUCCUAAGAAACUCACGCCGACGGAGAGGCAUCCUGGGAGAAGAUGAGGCAGCUUUUAUUGACUGCAUACUUGGGUUUUCUUCCAUUAUUUUAAUUAUUAAGCAGGACAUGAUAAGUGCCCAUGCGGAAACUUCAACCUGGCAGCAUCUAUAAAUAUAAAACCCGACACAAUGUUUCUAAAUGACUUUAAUCGAUUUUUGUAUUAUUUUUAGUUAUGUAUAGUUGUGUAUGUCUGCAUGGGGGUGCGUACACAUGAAUGUAGGGGCCCUCAGAGGUCAGAACUGUUGAGUCCUCUGGCGCUGGGGUUACAAACAGUUGUGAGCCACUGUGUGGGUGCUGGUAAUUGAACCCUGGUCCUCUGGAAGAGCAGGUGUGCUCUUAACUCCUGAUCGAGCUCUCCAGCCCCCAUCAAUCGAUGUCUUGUUUGUUUGUUGUCUUCUUCAGGCAGUCUUGCUCUGUAGCCCAGGCUAACCUCUAAUUAGUCACCCCACCCGCAGAGUAGACUCUCAGGGGCUAUAAUUGCAGCUGUCUACCAACAUCCUUGGCUUAUCAUUUUGUGUAUUACCAACUAUGGAAUCUAAAUUCAUGUAGAGUCUCCUCAAAAUUUUGUGUUAUGAAAAUUACAUAAGUAUAUUAGUUCUUAGUAAGAAUAAAAUCAUAAGUAAAGGCAAAAUCACUCUAUUUUUAUUGUUAUAACUUUGAACGGGUGCCUUCUUUCUUCCUUUACAGUAUUAUUUUCUUGCAUUUUGAGUUAAGCUAACUGGGUUUUUUUUUUCUCUCUUCUUAGACAUGUUAGUCUUGCUAAUAAAUGUGUUUUUGCAAUGGAAGGUCAUAGGUCAAAAAUUGUAAUGGAAAAUCAAGCUAACAUGUUUAAAGAUAAAAAUGUAUUUGUGUAUGCAUGUGACUUCUCUCAGAGUCAGAGGAGUCUACUGGAUCCUCUGGAGCUGGAGGUACAGGCACUUGUUUGUUGUACUAUGUGGGCGUUGGAAACCAAAUUUGG